GACACUAACCAAACAUGUUACCGUUUUGCUUCGAUGAAGAUAACAAAGACGAUUCUACUCAGCCGCAGUGCUACGCUGUCUACGUUGACAUCUUUCAAAAGCUCAGUGUUAGACUUUUAUUCAAAUGGUUACUCUUUCGUUUUCAUUUUAACAUCACCAUACUUCUAG